CUCUUCCGUGGGCUCCGCUGAGGUGGAGACCAUAAAAAAUGGCUCUGCCUGGUAAACUGCAGUUUCAGCUGCGUACCCCUCCCCUCGUCCUCCUGACGUCGCCGCUGACAAGGGCACAAUCCACUCCAACUCCCGAAACCCACGAUUUUGCACUGGGCCGUGCGGUGGACGGGAGUAUACAGUCCAUUACAAAGAACAUUCCACAGGAUUCUCGAAGGGCCCAAGUUUUCUUUUUUUUUUGUGGGUAGGAGCGACCACCGCCCCAGCACCGAGGGGGUUUGGGGUGCUCCAUUAGUUGGGGCUGGAGACUUUUAGGGAUAAAAAUACGAGGGGACUUGAAUGGUCGCCGUGCGGAGCGAUGGCCACUGCCACUGGUGCUCGUCCUUGAUUGCGUUUUCAGUGUCCAGCAGUCCUGAGACGACGCCAGGAAGCCUGGGAGACCAUUCCCAAACUUCUGGGAUCUGCUCGCAGUUUCGCUUUCGGAAUUUUCGGGAUCUGUGGGUUUCUAGAGUUGGGUGGCAUUCCGGGAAGGCAAGGCGACGUUCGCUGCCCCGUCGUGAGGUCCUCGGAUUUCUCGCCCAUCCCUGCGCCCCCUUGCUUCGCCUGCCUGUAUCUCGCCGCGCAGGGUGAGGGUUUGGACUCCCCAGCCCGCGCGCCGCCCACUGCGCCGCAUUCGGAGGGCUUCAGCCGCGCAGCCGCGGCCGAUCCGGAGCCGAGUGGUGGGAAACCGUUUUCGACGAGGGCCCGCAUCGCUUGGAUCCGGAACCAUCACCGCAGCCCACCACUCUCCCCCACCCUUCUCCCCUUGCACGAUAGCCAGGGGACUUGGGGGGACCGAUUGGCGUGUCUACACGGAGUGAAUGGAUCCAGGUUCCACCAGGUCGGAGGAAAAGAGUAAACAGGCUCAGAAAUUCGGCCUCAUUUCCUGGGGAGGCGGUUGGGGAUAAUUCUCACUGCAGAAUGAACUAAGGGAAGAGGACACUUACUCACCAGGAAUGGAGAGCAGUUUGCCAGUUCCCAGCAUGCAGGACCCUUCAUCUUCCCCCCCGGAAAAGCACGUUGGCUCAGCUAAUGGCAGCGGAGAUCUUGAUUCAGAAGAAGGUUCAAGCUUGGAAGAAAUCGGCUUUAACUGGGGAGAGUAUCUGGAAGAGACAGGUGCUAGGGCGGCUCCUCACACAUCCUUCAAGCAUGUUGAAAUCAGCAUUCAGAGCAACUUCCAGCCGGGAAUGAAAUUGGAGGUGGCUAAUAAGAGCAAUCCAGACACCUACUGGGUGGCCACGAUCAUCACCACCUGCGGGCAGCUGCUGCUUCUGCGCUACUGCGGUUAUGGGGAGGACCGCAGGGCUGACUUCUGGUGCGAUGUGGUCAUAGCAGAUCUGCACCCCGUAGGGUGGUGCACCCAGAACAACAAGGUGUUGAUGCCCCCAGAUGCAAUCAAAGAGAAGUAUGCAGACUGGACCGAAUUCCUCAUACAUGAUUUGACUGGUUCGCGGACAGCACCUGCCAACCUGCUGGAAGGUCCUCUGCGAGGGAAAGGCCCUAUAGACCUCAUUACAGUUGAUUCCUUAAUAGAACUUCAGGAUUCUCAGAACCCUUUUCAGUACUGGAUAGUUAGUGUGAUUGAAAAUGUUGGAGGAAGAUUACGCCUUCGCUAUGUGGGAUUGGAGGACACUGAAUCCUAUGACCAGUGGUUGUUUUACUUGGAUUACAGACUUCGACCAGUUGGUUGGUGUCAAGAGAAUAAAUACAGAAUGGACCCACCUUCAGAAAUCUAUCCUUUGAAGAUGACCUCUGAGUGGAAAUGUGCUCUGGAAAAAUCCCUUAUUGUUGCUGCAGAGUUUCCUCUUCCAAUGGAAGUAUUCAAGGAUCAUGCAGACUUGCGAAGCCAUUUCUUCACAGUUGGGAUGAAGCUAGAGACAGUGAAUAUGAGUGAGCCCUUUCAUAUCUGUCCUGCAUCAGUGACUAAGGUUUUUAACAAUCAUUUUUUUCAAGUGACUAUUGAUGACCUAAGACCAGAACCUAGUAAACUCUCAAUGAUGUGCCAUGCGGAUUCUUUGGGGAUUUUACCAGUACAAUGGUGCCUUAAAAAUGGAGUCAACCUCACUCCUCCCAAAGGUUACUCCGGCCAGGAUUUUGACUGGGCGGAUUAUCAUAAGCAGCACGGGGCGGAAGAAGCACCUCCCUUCUGCUUUAGAAACACAUCCUUCAGUCGGGGUUUCACAAAGAACAUGAAACUGGAAGCCGUGAACCCCCGGAAUCCAGGAGAACUCUGUGUGGCCUCUGUGGUCAGCGUGAAGGGGCGGUUGAUGUGGCUUCAUCUGGAAGGUCUGCAGACUCCGGUGCCAGAGGUCAUUGUGGAUGUGGAAUCCAUGGAUAUCUUCCCAGUGGGCUGGUGUGAAGCUAAUUCUUACCCUUUGACGACACCACACAAAACAGUCUCCCAAAAGAAGAGAAAGAUUGCAGUUGUGCAGCCAGAAAAACAAUCGCCAUCCACAGUGCCUGUUGAGAAAAUACCUCAUGACCUUUGCUUAUUCCCUCACCUGGACUCCACAGGAACCGUCAAUGGGAAGUACUGCUGCCCGCAGCUGUUCAUCAACCACCGGUGUUUCUCAGGCCCCUACCUGAACAAAGGCAGGAUCGCGGAGCUACCUCAGUCGGUGGGGCCCGGCAAAUGUGUGCUGGUUCUUAAAGAGGUUCUUAGCAUGAUAAUCAACGCAGCCUACAAGCCUGGAAGGGUGUUAAGGGAAUUGCAACUGGUGGAAGAUCCACACUGGAAUUUCCAGGAGGAGACGCUGAAAGCAAAGUACAGAGGUAAAACGUACAGGGCUGUGGUUAAGAUCGUGCGAACAUCUGACCAAGUAGCAAAUUUCUGCCGACGAGUUUGUGCCAAGCUAGAAUGCUGUCCAAAUCUGUUUAGUCCUGUGCUGAUUUCUGGAAACUGCCCAGAGAACUGUUCCAUUCAUACCAAAACCAAAUACACCUACUAUUAUGGAAAGAGAAAGAAGAUCAUUAAGCCCCCAAUUGGGGAAAGCAGCAUUGAGAGUGGACACCCAAAACCAGCCCGAAGAAGGAAACGACGAAAAUCCAUUUUUGUGCAGAAGAAGCGGAGAUCUUCGGCUGUGGACCUAACUGCAGGCUCUGGGGAGGAAAGCGAAGAGGAGGACGCAGACCAGCUGGACGAAGAUACUGCAAGUGAGGAGACCGGCUCUGAGCUCCGAGAUGACCAGACUGACACCUCGUCGGCCGAGGUCCCCUCGGCACGGCCACGGAGGGCAGUCACCCUGCGCAGUGGCCCAGAACCCACGCGGCGGCCAGUGGAGAGGGCACGCAGGGGCCGCAUGGUGCAGACCACCCCUGCAGAGGAGGAGGACAAGGGUCCUGUGGCCAAGACUGAGGGCCCUGAGGAAACCAAACAAGAGGAGGAGGGGAGGCUCGUCCUGGAGAGCAACCCGCUGGAGUGGACAGUCACCGACGUGGUGAGGUUCAUUAAGCUGACCGACUGUGCCCCCUUGGCCAAGAUCUUUCAGGAACAGGACAUUGACGGCCAAGCGCUCCUCCUGCUGACUCUCCCCACAGUGCAGGAGUGCAUGGAGCUGAAGCUGGGACCCGCCAUCAAAUUAUGCCAUCAGAUCGAGAGAGUGAAAGUGGCUUUCUACGCCCAGUAUGCCAACUGACUCCACCCCUGGGGACCUGGCCUGUGAUCUUUUGUGAUGCUUUGUGAAGGUUUUCAGGACUGAGAAUUUGAUUUUUUCCAGGAUAUAUAAAGUGGUACAUUCACUAAGUAUUACCAAGAAGCCAGAGCCCAGCACCUCCCUCAUCCACCAGCCUAUUUGAUGUUUCCGUGUUUUGAAAGCACACUGAUGUCCUACAGGAGCAACUUCUACAGAGCAUAAUUACAGUUCUGCAUCAGACCCUGCCAGGAUAUGGAAGAACUGCUCUGGAUAUCCACGUUUGGCCUUUCUCCCACCCCAAACCAGGCAGCUUCCUGAGAACAAGUUUUUCUAACCCAAGGCCCACGUUCUUUGAAAGCUGGGCUGAGUACAUAUGUGGCCAAGGAGGAGUCCCGACACCUUGCCAGUAGUUUUUACUGUACUUGUUCUCAGAUGCUUCCUGUCGAUACAUGUGGCCCUGGUUUAGUGUCAUGUAUGGCACUGUGGAUUGUUCUUGGUGGUAACUCCCUUCUCCAUCACAGCUGUGGACACAGAUGUUUCAGGAUGUCGAUCUAAAAAGACAUGCUAAAUGUCCACAUCCAAUUCUCUAUCAGAGGUGCCUUUUAGACAGUACAGGGGGACAAAAGGAGGCUGGCAUCUCAUCAAAUGACAUCCUUGAGUGAUUGAAGCCUAGAACAUCUGUGAAGGCAAGCAGAGCCACACUAUUACCAUCAUCCUAAUUUAAUGUUAAACAGGUCUGUGAGUGACUACUUUAGGGAAAUGUGAAAAUGUAUAUUGAAGGAAAUGCUUAAUUUCAGAGAGCAGGAAUGGGAAGAGGUCUGGAGGAAGCAUUUGGUGAACUAGUUACCUCCACUUAGAGGGAUUACUGCAGCAGGUCACUCUGAGUCACUCUGAGCAUUUCUUCUGACUUUUCCAGGCAUGAGGAGGAUGGAGACCCUUGAGCAGUUUGGUUAAAUCAGCUAAGUUGUUUGCAGACAAAUUGAUGGCUCUGAGAGCUGGCUGUUCUUUUACACCCAGCACCUCCAUGCGUUCUCAUUCUCAACCCAAAGGGACUAUUAUUCUGAUGUGGCUGCCUGCUGCCUUUUUAAAGUUACGCAAGGAAACCAUACCUUCAUGUUGUCCCAAAGUGAACAGAGGCUUUGUCCCUUUUUGUUUGUUUGUUUUACUUUGUGGUUAUUUUGUUUUAAAUAACUAUGUUGAUAUUUUCCUUUGACUGGCAUCUCAACUGCUCCAGUAAUAUGGCACGGUGGGCUCAUUAGCUACUCAUGGUUCAGUGACAUUUAUAAGGUGUUUGAACUUCAAUUGGUUGAACUUCAAUUCCUCCCGCUAACCUUUCUUAAUAUUCCGUAACAGUUACAGAUGAAAAUGGAAAACACAUAUUUUAUGGCUGAGACUUUUUAGUCUCCCCUUUAGCUGAUUCCUACCCGCAAGUUUUAUAAACAUUUGGUGAAUGGACCUGCCUGGGGACCUCUGGUGGAAGGAGUCCCACAUGGUGUUGGAGGAUGGACAUGUCCUUGGUGAUUGAUGGUCAGCUUGCAGAAGGAUAUCUGACUUCUAAAGUCUUGACCUCUCUUCAGUUUCCCACUUCUGCCUUCUCAGCCACCUUAUUGUGGCCUUAAGAGCUCAGUCCUAUGGAGUUAAACUUGGUCUGGUGAUUGGAAAGGGUGUCCAUUUCAAGAUCUGUGGCAUUUUCUCUGUGCUCACUCCUUUAUGAUCCUUCACUGGGGUCCUUUCGAGCUGAGAUGUUUCUACUGCAUUUGAAAAUGGGGAUGAAGACAUGUGGCUACAGCAUCAUAUUGUACUUUGGGAACAAAAGUCACCUUCUUGUGCCCUUUCCAGUAGUGACAUGGAGGAAGAGGUGCUACAUCAGAGUAAGGAGGUCUUCUGGAGUCUCCUGAGCUCACCCAGAGAGCCAGAGGACCACCCAUCAGGAAGCCCAGGGUAGAAGCAGCCACCAUUGCUGGGGAAAACUUCUUGCUUCCCAGGAGCUCACCAUCCAAAACUCUCCUUAUCCUUUUGACCUGGAGAUUAACUUCAUUCUUUCUUUGUGGUACUUCAGUUUUGUGUCCACAUACUGAGGAGACGGCUGUGACCAAAGCAGAAGAGAGCCCAGUCACCCUGGUGCCAUCAUGGAGGUGUCUGUGUGCCAUCUCCCAGCCCUCCAGGAGAGCUGGGAAACAUUUGAGGACCAAGGAAAUGCAUUUCCUCUGAGAGUGACCAGUGUCCCUAUGAACUUGGAUUCUCUAGGGAUUCCACCGUGUUUCACAUCAGCAGCAAUUCUGUCACAGAAUUGUAACGUGGUUUUCAUUUCUGUCUGGAUUCACCUCUCACCAGCUUCUUUCUUAAAGAUAGGACCAGUUUCCGGAAUAUUUUGCUGUGUUGUGUCCUUGUUGCUUACGGCAGAAAAAAAAAAAAAAAACCCAAAACAAACAAAAAUGGAUUUUACUCAUAUACCCCCAAU